GAGUGAGUUAAAAUCCAGACAAGCCAACAAAUCGUUUACGAAAAGAAAAUCAUACGGCCACCGAAACCGUUUCAGCCUUCCCUGGGAAAACGCUAUUUCACAUUCUUCGCAAAACAGCACUUAAUAACUUCGAACAAAAUGAAUAGGUCUAGAAAGAAGCCGAUGCGAACCUACGGAAGAAAGAAGACAAAGGUGCGAUAUAUGAAAACUAAUGUCAGUAUUCAUCUUACAAAUAAUUACAUCACCAACAAUGUGUUCGUCAUCAGCUCUGAUGAAUUGUCACCGAAACUAUCUUCAAAUAAUGUCAAAAAUCCAACUAAAGAGAAAUCCAACCUUCUUGACUUGUAUAAUUCGUCUACGGAGAGAAAGUUUGAUCUUCUUAUUGGAAAAAAACCUUGCAAUAUAUUUUCAUCUUCAAAUUCGUCAUUAUCUACACUUGGAGAGCCAUCCACAUCUGGGCUCUCAAAAGCUUGUUCUUCAGCGUUGUCUUUGGUGUCAGUGCAUGAGAAUCUACCCUCAACGUCAUUGUGUCAAACAGAUUUGGAAAACAGACUUGCAAUAGAUUCUUGCAAAUAUGAGGGGAAUAGUUUUGUUCGUAGCACUCAGUUCAAAUUAACUAAACAUGUUUGUUUGAGAGUAACAUCGAGAGCAAGAAAACUUAGAGUAUCAAAGCGAUUUUCAUUUGGCGGUGUUCAGCAGAACAGCACUCCGAUUCAGAAAAGUAAAAGAGAAUCGGAAAGUCCCAUUGUGGAAUGGGGCUUGUCUCCAAUUGCUGGUAUCGUAAGAGACGAUUCUGCAAAUUCAUCAAACUCGCCUGAUAUAUUUGAAGAAUUUAACAGUGAUGGUGAGAGUCAGUCACAAAAUGAUAAUAAUCGACUCCCAAGGACUUCUUUGAGGCGGAAAAGAAGUAGUUUAAAACGUUAUAGUGCUAUGCGUAGUAGAAAAAGAAGAAGUUCUUUCCAACAAGCAGUGGAAAUCAGUGAGAUUGAUGAAGAUGUGCCGAAUCAUAGCAUUACAUCGUGCCAAGCAGACCUAACCAAAAGUUAUCUAAAAGAUCCAACUCUUGAAGAAACUGCUAUUCUUCCAGCAGAUAACGUUAGCAUAAAUUCUAUUUCGUCUUUCACAACUGAAAAAGAUGAUGAGCAACCAAAUGGUAAACAAGAUAUUCCAUUAUCAGAAUUAUCACAGCGAUUGUCCAACUUAGAAAUCGAUUGUCCAGAUGAAAGGUGCGUCAUUCAAGUGCACGAUUCACACAUCGAUAAAAAGUGCACAUCAAUCUCUUCAAACAAAUCUAGAUUACAUUCAAAUACAUCUCUAGUCGAAUCCAUGAGAAUGUCCGUCGCAUGCUCAUCUUUUUCGUCUCAAAUCGAUAACAAAAGAGAUGAAAUAGAAGAAGAAGACGAGUUGAAAGAUGAACCUCCGAAUACCCUCAAUUUCUCUAGUAGCUCUGAUGAAAAUAUUUCGAAUUGUAACAGAAAUAUUGGAGAAGAAAAAGACGAGAGUAAAAUAGAAAAGAUUUGUAGACGUGUAAAAGAAUUAAGCAGCGAUGAAAGUGACAAGCAGACGAAGAGUGAAGAUCAUACCGUAACAUCUCAAGAUUUUCUAGGCUUUAGAACGGAAAAUGUUGAAGCUGUAUAUACUGACCUCAAAGGCGUUAAAGAAGAAGACGACCAUGAUGACGUUGAAGAAGACUCUGAAGAUGAUGAAAGUAAGGAAUAUUGUUACAAAGACUUCGCUGAAAAGGAAUUCAAGGGGAAAAUCAACUCCACAAAUGUUUUGGAUGCAGAUAGCUCGUUAUCUAUGACAGGGUUUGAGCUUAACAAUGACCGCACAUUCGAUUUCAUACCUGGAAAAAAGUAUAGGCGGAGUCUUGGUGCUUUCCGUCAGAGCAAAUCAUCAACUGGACUAGGCUCUUUAUCACGUGUGGGAUGUAAUCGGUUCAGUAUCAUUCGACCAUCGGCAAAAUUGAAAGCAUCCACUCGAAAGACUUUGAUUACAACAACUAUCGAAGAGGAUCUUGAUGAAACACUAGAUGUGAUAAAUGUUGAUGAAGAUAAAGACGCUGCUAAAAACAAGGUUCUCAGUCUAUGCGAUCAGACUGAUAUUUUAAAAUUCGAAUCUGUUUUGUAUGAAAGUACAUCCACCGAUAUGAGAAAAAUUGGCGAAGGCGUUUAUGGGGAAGUAUUUAUGAUGAAUGAUCCAAGAAAAAAAGAGGAAUCAAUAGUCGUGAAAAUAAUUCCCGUUGAAGGAAAUCUCGAUUACAAUGGCGAAGUUCAAAAAAGGUUUCACGAAAUAAUUUCUGAAAUCUAUAUAUCAAAGGCUUUGAGUAAUUUGAAAAAAGAAAACAUUCAUGAAGCGAGAUUUUGGACCGAUGUGUACUGUAACAUCAUAGCUAGCAAUUGUUUUCGCGGAAAAUACCCAAAAUUCCUGGUGGAUCUUUGGAAUGAAUACGACGAGAAAAAAGAAUCUGAGAACGAUUCACCAAAAAUGUUCCCUGAAGAUCAGCUGUAUAUAUCGUUGAAAAUGAGCCACGGAGGUGAAGAUAUUCAAAAUCAUGAAUUCACCUCUGCAAGACAGUCUUACUACAUUAUACUGCAGGUAAUUUGUGCUCUGGCGGUCGCCGAACGUUCUCUAGAGUUCGAGCAUCGAGACUUGCACAUCGGAAACAUACUAGUAUCAAAAACUAAGGAAAGCUCGAUAUUUUUUAAGAUCGAUGGAUUGGAAUUUAAACUGCCAACGUUUCACAAAAAGGCAACAAUUAUAGACUAUACUUUGUCAAGGAUAAACGAUGAUAAUCAACUCUUGUAUAACGAUUUAGGGAAGGAUGAAGAACUAUUUCAAGGCCAAGGAGAUUUGCAGUUCCAAAUCUACAGGGACAUGCGAGAAGAUACAAGGAAUGAAUGGAAUAAAUUUGUGCCAAAAACAAACUUGAGAUGGAUUCAUUACCUUGCCACCAAAUGCUUGAAGGAUGUUAGCUACAAGAGUGGUUCUGAUUUUCAUAAAAAAUUCCUUAAAAAAAUAUCGGCAUUGGCCGAUGAAGUACUUAUCUUUAGCAGUUGUCAUGAUUUCAUGAUGAACUCAGAAAAAACGAUGAAUUAUCGUGUAGAUUGAUUUAUCUGUAAAAAAUGUUGUAAGUGUUUGUUACCAGUACUUAAUUAAAAAUUUUACGAAUUGUUAA